UUCAAAUCUAAGGGCAGUAACGUACGGUCUUGGCUCGAACCUGCAAAAAGCUGCAUGGCUGUUUCUUCCUUUUAAAUGCAAGCUCCGAACCCUAAUUGCCUCUACCACCUCAACUUUAGUCGUUCCCCUUUCGACUCGGCCACUGACCCUCUCAGUCUCACUUGCUCUCACUCCCAAGCACCGAGACAUGUCAACCAUAGGGCGGAGAGGAAUUCAUUACUUGCAGAAACUAAAUUCUGCAAAUGUAUCUGCCGCUUUACUAGAAAAGGGCCAAAAUCGUGUUAUUGAUGCUUCCCUUACACUUAUUCGUGAGAGGGCGAAGCUUAAGGGAGAGCUUGUUCGUGCUUUAGGAGGUGCUGUUGCAUCAGCAUCUCUUCUUGGAGUACCUCUAGGACAUAACUCAUCAUUUCUUCAGGGGCCUGCAUUUGCACCUCCUCGCAUACGAGAGGCCAUCUGGUGUGAUAGCACAAACUCAACAACUGAAGAAGGGAAAGAAUUAAAUGACCCACGGGUGCUAACUGAUGUCGGCGAUGUCCCUGUUCAAGAAAUUCGAGAUUGUGGCAUCGAUGAUGACAGAUUGAUGAAUGUCAUAAGUGAGUCUGUCAAGCUAGUUAUUGAAGAGGAGCCCCUGCGCCCAUUAGUUUUAGGUGGCGACCAUUCAAUAUCUUUUCCCGUUAUCAGAGCUGUAUCUGAGAAGCGGGGUCCUGUUGAUAUUCUUCAUCUAGAUGCUCAUCCAGAUAUCUAUGAUGCCUUUGAAGGAAACAAAUAUUCACAUGCUUCUUCUUUUGCCCGAAUUAUGGAGGGUGGUUAUGCUCGACGGCUUUUGCAGGUUGGCAUUAGAUCGAUAACGGCUGAAGGGCGUGAGCAAGGCAAAAGAUUUGGAGUGGAGCAAUUUGAAAUGCGUACCUUUUCAAAAGAUCGCCACUUUUUGGAAAACCUGAAACUAGGAGAAGGUGUAAAAGGAGUGUAUGUGUCAAUAGAUGUGGAUAGUCUUGAUCCUGCAUUUGCUCCCGGAGUGUCACAUAUUGAGCCAGGAGGUCUCUCAUUCCGUGAUGUUCUCAACAUUCUCCACAAUCUCCAAGGUAAUGUUGUUGGUGGAGAUGUGGUUGAAUUGAACCCGCAGCGUGAUACCGUCGACGGCAUGACUGCAAUGGUAGCUGCCAAGCUAGUGAGAGAACUUACCGCGAAGAUAUCAAAAUGAUGAAUCAUCUGUCUUCCUGUCACUGAAUGAUAGCUUCCAGCAUACCAAACGUUUCUUCAUCCUUUGGUUUCAGAAAAAAAGGAUUGGAACGACUAUUUUGCUAAUUUCUUUGUCCGGGUUUACAUCAAAACUAGAAGUGAACAAGAACAUUGUUUCUUUCGAUAAUAUGGGUUCGUCCAUU